AUGAAGCUUUGGUGGUCGUUAGGGCUUGCCAUCGCUGAAGCGGGCGUUAGGUUCGCUGACGACGCAGAAUUUGUGGCAAUAGACAAGGGUGACUGCGGCUUCAAAUGUAACAACUUCUCAGGAUUCUGCAGCGCUUGUGCACUUGCUAAUGAUUCGCCUGGCUUUUGUUGUCAUCCAUCCAUCAGAGGAACAUGCUCCAAGUCGAUGAGAGCAGCCCUCGAUCCCAACGCUGGGUUCCAGUGCGUCAUCCCGACUGAGUUCGAAACCCAACUUCUCCUGCAAGUCCGAGAGAUUCCUGGAAAGGGCGACUGCUGGGCCGAGUGUGGUAGUAAGCGGGGAUUCGCUGGUAAAUGCGACUACUGUGGAAACAAGGGCUAUUGCUGCCAUCCAGAUGGCCGUGGAACCUGUCCACAAUGGAUCUCUGAGUCGGUAGAAGGUUUCAGCAAUAAGUGCAUGGUUCCAGCAGCGACUUCAAAUGAUAAUCAUCUCGAGUCUGGCUACAAGUCUGACUGCUUUGAUCGUCGAAUAACUGUCUGCAAGGAUCUCUCUGACCUUGAAAAUGCCCCUAGAGACGAGUGUCUCCGAUUCUUCCCAGAGGAGAUGUGUGAUGGUAAAACGCCAGACGACAAGAUCCCUCGAUGCACAACCGUCGUCAAGAACUACUGCAAAGAUUUCGUUAGAGAUGCUAUCGAGGAAAAACGUAAAUCUUCCGGUUUCAAUAUGGAUCUCCUCGGUCCGUACGAAAAGGAACUGUAUAAAUUUGUCAACGCUGUUUGGCCUAAAAAGGAGCACUUUUUCUUCAAAGAAAUCGCCGAUGAGAACUUUGGAUUCGACAACGGUGAUCUCAGUGCUAUGGCUGAAAAAAUUCUGACAUCUUCGCAAAAUAAUUACUUUUCAAAUAAAAUGAGCGCAACCCAAAAAGAGCGAGUUGUCUUGGGAUUCGCCGUUUUGAACGCUCUUCAGCGAGUCUGGGGCAGUGGAAAUGAAAGAUCUUUUGGGCAGAUAACCAUCAACUGGGGAUCCAAUUUCGGUGUUGCUGACUUUAGUAAAGACGCUUUCGAGAAACUCCUUGUUGCAAAUGGUGCAAGCUGGAGAACAACUGAUCGAGCUCUUCAGGGAUAUGAUGCCAUCAUCGAAAGUCUUGUCAACUGGACUCCUGCCCAGGUGAUGAUCAAUGACCUCCUUGAUGAACUUCCCCUAACCGACAAUAUCCGUGCUGCUGGGAAAUUGGCCAAUACCGAGAAUGAUGCUGAAGGCGAAUUUAAUGUCUUUGCUCAAAGUCUAACCAAUAUGCUUGAUCACCUUGUGGAGCAUCACGAGAGCUUGUCUGAUGAAGAGUUUGAUUUUUUCCUUGGCCAAUUGCGAGAGGAAGAUAAUAUUAACCUCAUUCGAAAUCUCGCUGGUUUCGUCGAGCUCGAGCGAAUCAUGUCCGACAGUGUAAUGUGGAGUGUUGAUGUUGACGAGCUCGCAAUGACUCGCGGAUAUGCAAGCACAUUCCCACGUGAGCGAAAGUGGAUGAGCCAAGAUAACUGGACAAAGGAGAAUGUGGUCAAUAUCAUGAGCUUCGCGGCACAUUUCGCCGGUGCAGCGGAAAACAUCAAUGUUGAGGAAAUGGCCGACACCGCUGGCUUCGUCUUCUUUGACGACAUCGUUUCUUCUCAGCAAAAAGCUGAAAACGCCGUUAGAAGUGUCAAGAGCUCCCGAAAGGUUUACAAAGAGCUUGUCAAAAACGCACUCAAUUUCAUGAAUGUCAACGAUCGUGUUCGUCAAGCAUACAAGUUGACCAUUGAAGAUUCGCGACGAGGUGAAAUCUCAACAAUCAAAGAUUUGAAGACAAAACUAAUUGCUACUGGUCUUGGACAAUUCAGCGCCGCCGUUGUCGUUCAGAUUCGCGAAUCGUUUGAAACAGCCGUUUUCAAGAAUCUUGAGUUCGUUUACGAUGCACUAGCGCUUGUUGAAGAGAAAACCGAUGUCAAUGAUGCUUUUGGUUGCGAUCGUGGGUGCGAUUUCACUGCAAUCAACUGGCGAGAUGGUUUCGUUACGACCAGUGAUUUCAACAACAUUCUUGAUGCUACAGGACUCCACGAUGGAAAGAAUGUGCCAUUCGAAACUUCUGAUUUAUCGUCAACUCGAUCAGCCGCUGUCGUGACAUUCCGUGGACAGCAGCCUAUUUACGCCGCCGUUGUCUUAGAUUACCUGAGCACCGUAGUCCCUGAAGUCGAAGGACCUUAUGGACCGCUUGUUUUCGAUCAAGGUACCCUCAACUGCGCCACUCAAGCCCUUGCUAACCUUGGCGAGCUCUCUCAAGAAAAUGCUCGAUACGAAGUCUACCAGUCAGUGAUGGCCGAGCUAUAUUUGAAAGGCGACCAGAAUGCACUUGACGCGAUUGAUGCAGCCUUGAAACAAGACCAAUGGGUUUACGGUGGAAUCUUUGUUCUCGAAACAAUGAUUGCUGCGGAAAAUCACCAGGGAAAUACAACAUUUGAUAGCGCAGUAUUUAACAGCUGGGACCUCAGCAUGCUCGACUGGACUAUUACUGGAAACACUCAAGACGAUCUAUCAAGUGGAUACUACGAGCAGAUUCUUAACGGAGGCGGAUUUACUGACGAUACAGUCGCUGUUCUCACCGAACAAGAUACUUAUGAAGAAAUAUGGAGAUAUGGUUCCGGUAAUACAGUUUGCAGCGAACCAGCCAUUAUUCAAGAAACAAACUGGCAAUGUGACUCCGAUCCUUCGGCUAUCUGUCCUGGAGGAUGUGCUGCUGCUGGUUGUCAAGCAGAAGUUACUCAGACUGAAGUCUGUCUAGCAUGGAGUGGUGCAUCGUUUUCUUGGGGUAUAAAUCCUCUUCUUGGAUCGUGGGGAAUGGAGUGGUGGGAAGAUCAACUUCAUCUGUACGGGCCUCCGAAAGGAAAUGCGCUAGUCGAAAACAGUGAUCAGUGGAAUGCGCUUAUGGAAGGUGCCUCCCAGGCUAUCGCAGAAAUGGGUGAUUUGAGUGGUGGUUACUCCGGCGAACAAUUCGCAAACAACAUUCAGAACUGGUUCAAUGCUAAUGAUGCAAACAACUCAGCGAUUGUUUCACAGAUUCUGAACUCAGGAGAAUAUGAAGGUCUCGAUUGGCUUCUCACCGCUGGAGACUCUAUGUACUCAGCUUUCGGAGGAAACAACAGAAAUGGCACUGGAGGAGCUAACUAUGCCACUGAAGCUAAUGGAUACUGGAAUAUCUACGACAUGAUCGAUCUUGUAUCCAAUGGCGGACAAUGGAACAUGUUCGGUAGCGAAUUCAACGAUGGAGUUGCUAAUUAUGACAACUUCACCUACGAUGUCUGGGGAGCGUGGAUUAAUGGUUCUGCUGGAGACUGGGGAGAAGAUGCUCAACAGCUUAUGCAACAGUUCGGAUCGGAACAGUUCUUCGGGACAAUCCGAAAUGGCACCAACAACAUCUAUCCUAACUCCGGUGGCGGCGGAGGAGGUGGCGGCGGCGGCGGUGGCGGCGGUGGUGGUCCAACCAUCAUUGAAAUUGAGUCCGUCGUUUGGCCCGUUCCUUCUGAUUGCAUUAAAAAAACAACUGGGGAAACUGUCACAGCAUACCUGGAUUCAGAAGGCAAAACUGAUGCAACAGUCACACAAAAUAUUGCAAACUGGCAAGCAGCCAUGGAUGCAGAAGCCGGUGGUACAUUUACGAUUCCGCCAGGACAAGCGCAUAAUAUUAUGGCAACUGAGACUCAUGCUGCUUCACUCCACACAUAUUUGGAUACACAGGAUGCUACUGGAGCUAGCUGGGAUGCAAUCUCACCAUGCAUGUCUUACGACAACGAUCCAGGAUACGCUGCUUUCAUUGCCCGAUUGGAAACUCAGCUUGCUCUUGCUGAACUUUGGGGACAGCAUCCUGAGAUCGUUCAGAACUCCGAUUCUGUUGCUGCUGGACUUGCAUAUGAGGCAAUUGAUUGGACCAGAUUCGAAUUCACGGACACAUGUUGUCAGGUUACUCCAGAAGCUACUAAUGCUACCAUUCUUUCUCUGGCUGGACUUGAGUGGAUGAAUCAGGCUCAAGUCGAUGUUGUAGUCAACAAUCUCUUCAGCCGCCUUGAUACUUCCUGCUGCUCCGUAAAUAAUUCUACUAAUAUUACACUUGGUUUCUUCAACGUCACAACUACAGCGGGCGUGGCUUCCUCAACAGCUGCUACAACGACAACAGCAUACAAUGCAGGAGGUUAUGAAACAAUGGCUCCAUCAAACGGAUCAAAUGGAUACGGUUCUAUGUACGGUGAUCCCCACGUCAUCGUUCAAUCUGAUAACCAAGAAGCCGUUUGCUUCAAAGUUGACGACCAAGACGGAGCGAUCAUCAGCUUGAUUCAAGAUCUUGAAGAAGGUCUAGAAGUCAAUGGAGGACUUAAACAAGCUGGUCGAAAUUCGAUUCGAUUGGAAAGCGUUUAUGUCAAAACCCCUGCCGGUCUUGAAAUUGAAAUCGACUGCAAUUGGAUAAUUCUUAGCCGAGACGGAAUUCAGCUUGAAAGCUUCACAUUCGAAGAUUCCCUCUCAGUUGGCAUGGACGAUGUCCAUCUUGAUAUCGAAUCUCUCCGCGAUGCCAAAAAGAAAGGUGUCUACGUUACAAUUCCAAGUUACAUCAACGACCGUGAGAUUAGAAUGCACAUAGCUAUCAAAAACGGAAAAGAUGCGAUGCGAUUCUCACUUCGGGACGCUUCAGGACUCCCUACUACUGGACUUGGUGGUAUCAUCGGAGAGUCUAUCAUUCCUCGUGACUACAAAGUAACAGAAGAGGGCCACAUCUUGGUUGGAGACGAAACCAUCAGCAAUACUCAAGCCACGCGUGACAGUAACAACGACUGUCUGUACAUCGCCGAUUCAGCAGAUGUAGAGCGAUUCCUUGGUCAUCCUGUGUCAGACUUCCGAGUUGAUGGAAAAUUCUUGAUGCCCGCUACACUUAUUGACAACCAAAGUCCUAAGUAA